GCAACAGAUCCCGACAAAUUAAGAUGCAGCUUCAAAUUCAGACAAACAUUUUUACUUUAACGAUUACUUUCUUAUUAUUGUUCACCAAUUUUCAAAGAACAAAUGGCGAUGAUGAUCAAAUUGUGUUUGAAUCAACAUUUAAUGGUGUGAUCAGUGAAAUGAAUUUAUUAAAAAGUAAAAUAAUUAGCGCUAAUUUUGAACUAGAAUCAUUGCACAAUAAAUUACAUUUGCAAACAGAUUUGGUUAAUAUGAUCAGAACUGGAAUUGAUCACAAGAGCGUUAAGGAAGAUCAUUGUGAUGAAAGUGAACUUUUCGAUGAACUUGAUAAUAAAUUGCAUAAAAUAAAACAAAACUUUCACAAAGUCAUCAAUAAUAAUGAUGACAAACAUUUAGAUAAAAUGGAUUCCAUACUACAGAAAGUAAAAGCCAGCAAUGGCUGCCAUGAAAACGAAGACACAGCACAGUUGCAAGAAAUUAAAAAGCAAAUAUUGGAGAAAUUGCAAAAAUUCAAUCAAUAUGUUGAACGGUUAGAACUCAUGGAAAAGAGAUUUGAACAAUUUGAUAAGGCAGAUGAAAAUGAUACAUCGAUUAUGACUUAUACUAAUACACCCGAUUUGGACAAUAUUAUUAAUCAAAUAAACACUAAGCUAUUGUCACAAGAGCAAACAUUGCUACAAUUUGAUGAACAUUUAAAUGAAAUGAAAAAUAUUUCAUCAACAGUAGAAUCGCACUUAAAAGCUAGGAAAGAAAAAUCAAAAGGAAGAUGUGCGAAAGGAAAAUGUGUGCUAUAUAAAUUAAUUGAAAUGGACAAAUCAUUAAAUAUAACAAAACAUGUAUAAUUAUGUACACAUGUAAAUGUAAUUUUAAAAAAAUAUAUAUUUUUUUAUCAAUAAUAUUA